AUGCGUCCCCUCAUCGCAGUCCCCGUAACUCUCCUCCUCAUCGUUCGCGCCUACACCCGCCGCUCUCUCACACCGCUAGGCAUUCUGAGCGCUGCACUCACCGCAACGGUUCACGCCCUUCAUCCCUCCGCCCUCCCGUUCACCUUGCUCUGUGUGUUCUUCCUGCUCGGCACGACGGCCACGAAGGUGAAGCAUGACGUGAAAGCCACAUUGACGCUGUCAAGUAGUGGAGCCUCAGGUGGGGAGGGGCCGCGGACGAGUAUCCAGGUGGUCGCCAACAGCGGGUGUGCGAGUUUACUGUGCCUACUGCAUGUUUGGUUGUACGGGACAGGCACGAGCAAGGACGGGGAAUGCUUUGGAGGAAGUCAAAGGAGUAAUGAGAGGAUUGCCGACGUGUUGUUGUUAGGAAUAAUGGCCAACUAUGCCGCGGUGGCAGCAGACACCCUGUCCAGCGAACUGGGCAUUCUCUCCAAAAGUCAGCCAGUCCUCAUCACGAACCCACUGCGAGUCGUGCCGCGAGGUACCAACGGCGGCGUGACACUGGGUGGACUGCUGGCUGGCGUGGGAGGCAGCGCUGCCAUUGCCGCCACGAGCCUGGCCUUCCUACGCUUCUGUGCUGGGUCAACCAUCGAUGCCGCUGCUAUGUUCUUUUUACUGACACUCCUCGGAACGAUUGGCACGCUUCUCGACUCCUUUUUGGGAGCAAUGCUGCAAGCGUCAGUCAUUGAUCGGCGAUCCGGGAAGAUUGUCGAAGGGCCUGGGGGCGUCAAGGUGCUCACGAAGCCCAAGUCCACAGGCGUAGCACAUGUACAGGGGCGUGGCCGAAGGCUGAGUGGCGAAGAGAGCAGCAGAUUGAUCGACUCCGGAAACGACAUCUUGGAUAACAACCAAAUCAACUUCCUCAUGGCUUCGAUCAUGAGUCUAUCCGGAAUGGCAGCAGGAAAUCUUUGGUGGAGAUAG